UUCACGGCUUCUUUUGCGGCUGGCCGGAGCUUGGCCGUCGUUGGUCACUUCGCUGGUGAAUGAUCACCAUCCAGUAUAUUUUUCCACGUUAGUGGCUGGAGAAAGCUCGGCUAGGAGGCGGUUUCGGAUCGCAUUCCUUAUUUGAAUGUUCGGGUAUCUUCGCUUCCAGUUCUGUAGGGUAGCUCAUGCGUUGCGGGUCCUUGUGUGGUUGCAGAGCUGGUUCGAGAGCCCCUUUGUCAUACGAGGGCUGAGUAAAUCCUAUAGAUAACACGCCGUCGUUCUUCCCGCCUCUGUUCUCGAUUCAUCCGAAUCUGAGAGCUGAAAGCUUUGUCUGCUUGAUCGGCACCGUCCUUAUUCUUGUCCUCAGCGUCCUCAUCCCGUUACUCGGCUGGUUCAACAUUUGCGAAGCCGAUUAACACCAUGGUUGACGACAACGGAGUAUCUUCGUACGGAGCUAUGUCCAACGGAAUCUCUUCUCCGGAAGGAUCUCCAAGCUCAGACCGCGGAGCCUCAUCGGAUUCCGUUGUCAGAUGGCCAAUGGCAGAAGCCCGCGUGGCUGAGCUGAUCGCGCGGAUUCAACCCACAACCAGAGCAGAGGAAAGACGCCUGGCCGUUUCAGAAUACGUCACGAGGCUUAUCUCGCGGUGCUUCGAUUGCCAGGUGUUUAUGUUCGGAUCAGUGCCGCUGAAGACGUACCUCCCCGACGGGGAUAUUGACUUAACCGCGUUCUCCCGGGGUCUGGCCGUGAACGACGCCUGGGUUCACGACGUUCAAGCGAUCCUGAAACGCGAGGAGCGGAACGCAGACGCUCUUUUUCAAGUGAAAGAAGUUCAGUACAUUCACGCCGAGGUGAAGCUGAUCAAGUGUCUGGUGCAGAACAUCGUUGUUGACAUCUCCUUCAACCAGCUCGGAGGCCUCUGCGCGCUUGGCUUCCUCGAAGAGGUGGAUGCUUUGAUCGGGCGGAAUCACAUCUUCAAGCGGAGCAUAAUUCUGGUGAAGGCGUGGUGCUACUACGAGAGCCGCAUUCUAGGGGCGCACCACGGGCUCAUCUCCACAUAUGGCCUGGAGACCCUUGUUCUGUACAUCUUUCAUGUGUUUCAUAAGGAACUGCCCAGUCCCUUGCAUGUGCUUGUGAAGUUUCUCGAGGUGUUCAGCAAGUUUGACUGGGAACAGUUUUGCCUCAGCCUCAAAGGCCCCGUUCCUCUCUCCUCUCUUCCUACCAUGCUUGCUGAGAGGCCUGGUGGAGUGGACGACCUGCUCCUCACAGACGAGUUUCUGGCAGCAUGCUACGCCAAGUACUCGCUCUCUCCCAUGGUCCAGGCGGGUCAAAGCCGUCCCUUCAUGGUUAAGUUCCUCAACAUUAUUGACCCUCUUCUGGACAACAAUAACCUCGGCCGGAGCGUCAGCAAAGCUAACUUCUUCCGGAUACGGAGUGCCCUGGCGUACGGAUCUCGCAAGCUGAACGCAGCACUGGGCGGCCCGGAGGACGUGGUGGCGCAGGGGCUGGACUGGUUCUUCCGCAACACGUGGGACCGCAACGCCUCUGGCGCCCGCCCCGACGGCUCAAACCUCGAAUUCCUCAUGCAGCACAUGCCCCGCCACCUGCCCCUCUUCCCCCAUGCCAUGCCGCCCAUGCAAGCGGGAGGAGUGGCCCCAGCAGCUGCAGCCGCGGCAGCAGCAGGGCCGGGAGCAGGAGUAGGAGCGGGCACAGGCACAGGUGGCUAUGCAGGCAGGCCGGCUAUGGGUGUGGGUGGGGGUUUUCGGGGGCAGGUGAACGCAGCAGUGGGUCAUGAGAAUAAGCAUCCGGGGGAGGUGGACAUGAUGCGGGCGCCGUACUCCCACGGGGGGCAGCACGGCGUGGUGAUGAAUGGAAAUAUGACCGGCAACGUAGCUGGGAACAUGGCUGGGAACAUGGCUGCAAAUAGUGCAGGGAGCAUGGCUGGAAGCAUGGGGAGGCGGCAACAGGUGCAGGCGCCAGAUGGGCCCCACCGGGUGCCAUAUGGUGGAGGUCACACGUGGAUCCCUGCUCCUCUGUUCCCUGUGCCUGCCAAUGUUGCUCAUGUUCCCAGUGCGAGGGCUUCUCCUCCCAUGGCUGGUGGUCCGAGGCUAGCUCAGCAGCAGCAGCAGCAGCACGAACAAUCGCAGCAGCAACACCAACAGCAGCAGCAGCAUCAACUGUUGCAGCAGCAACAGCAACAGCAACAGCAACAGCAACAGCAACAGCAACAGCAACAGCAACAGCAACAGCAGCAGCAGCACCAACAGACGCAGCAGCAACAACAGCAGCAACGGCAGUACCUGCACCAGCAGCAGUCACAGCAGCAGCAGGCGCAACAACAGCAGCCACAUCAACAGCAGCAACAGCCGCAGCCACAGCAGCAACAGCAGCAGCCACAGCAACAGCAGCAACAGCCGCAGCCACAGCAGCAACAGCAGCAACAGCAGCAGCCACAGCAGGCACAAGUGCAUCCGAAGAGAGCGGCGGAAGUAGUGAAUGGGGGUUAUGCUGUCCCACCGGUGCGACCCACUCCAGACCUGGCAGCGCCUCCUCACAGGGUAGCGCGGGCGGUUGAUCAGGUGACACAGGCAGGCACAAACGAAGGCACUGAGAGACCGUCUGAGGGUAGUUUAUCCUUGGCACAUCCCUCUCGUCCCAUGGAGAAUAGGGCAUCCGCGCAGCAAGACGUGGCAGCGUCUGCGGUUGACGCAAAAUCGAGGGAGGAGCAGCGAAGCGGCAGCUCUGUGCCAGGGAGUGAAAGAAACGAAAGGAGUGAACGGAAUGAGAGGAAUGAAAGGAUUGGUAGGAGUGAAAGCCAGGCCACACAGGCAGGGUUGGAUGGAGCAGCGACUGUGGGGCCCGCUGUUAGCUCGGGGAAAGGCGAGGGGAAGGUGGCUGUGAGACAGCAGGAUUCAAAAGGCCAACACGAAGAAGCUUCCUCUCGCACUGCCAAGGCAGCGUCGAGAGGUGCAAGGAGCGGCGGCAGCGGCAGCGGCGGCGCGGCAUCGAGUGCCCAGUGGAAAAAGUCCAACACGGGCUCUAGAGGGGUUGUGGCUGCCAACACCCCUGCUGUGAGCAGCCUCGUUGUUACCAGCCCCGUUAUUAGCAGCGGUGGGUUGAGUCCAGCGGGCGAAGCAGCGCCUGCACGGCAGUUGUCAGGCGGGCUCGACACUUCGGCAGUGCCUGCUGGUGGUGGUGGCAUUCCGCGGCAGAGCUCAGAGCUGAUCAGUGCGGGGUAUCAGAGCGCGGGGUAUCACAGCCGCAGCAGCAGCAUGCACAGCACUGGGUCUUCGAGCUCUGUGGAUCCCCUGAGCCAGGAAGCAAGCACGCUGGAUGGUAGAGCACCGGCGAAUCCCAACACUCCUAUCAGCCAAGCGCCUGCAGCAGCGGCGACAGCAGCAGCAGCAGGGGUAGGGGCAGUGGGUGCAGGGCAUACAGGUCUCCCCUCUCGCAGUAUCUCUGAUCGGGUGUCUGACAGGAGCAAGAGCUGGCAUGAAACCCGGCAUGCAGCCCAGCUUGAAACGCGGGCCGAGAGCCCUUCCAGUUUGCGGGCAGCUAGGUCUGAAAGCGUUGCUGUUCCCCAUGUGCCUGCCAUCGUCCCUCGCACAGCCUCAACCUCCCCUGUCAUAUCCAGCGCCAGCUCUCCCAGUUCUGACAGCAUCCUCAACACCAUAGACGCCCUUCCACAACCCGCUCGUGUUUCUGCUUCGGCCGGGCCUCCAGCCGGGCCUCCAUCCGGGCUUCCAGCCGGACCUCCCACUGCGCCCCCUCCUCUCCCCCAUAUCAAUCCGUUUCCCUUUCCCCCAGGUCUCCUCAUUAUGGCGUCUACCCCCAACGGCCCCUGUCUCGUCCCCCUCUCCGCAUUCCCAGGGGCGCUUCACCCGCGCCUGCUGCAGAUGCCGGUGCAGCAGCUUCAGGGCUUUGGCUCCCAGCCGUCCGAUGACAACAUGGCGCAGCAGCAGCUGCCACAGCAGAUGCAGCAGCAGAUACAGCAGCAGAUGCAGCAGCAAAUGCAGCAGCAGAUGCAGCAGUACUUGCAGCAGCAGCUGCAGCAGAGAAGAGAAGGAGAGGGCAAGGCACCUGGACCUGGUUCAGGCCCCAACCCGCCCCACCUCAUGCCAGCAUCCCAAAUCCGUCUCCCCGUCCCGACCUCGGAUGGUGCCUCUGCCACACCUCUGCCUCCAGCCCCGCAGCUCUUCCCCUACAUGGCUCUUCCCAUGCCCCUGCCAUCUGGAGCAGGUUUUCCACAGGCGCCUGGCCUUGUGGCCGUGCGACCUGGGACGCCAGACGGGGAAGGGCAGUACAGGGGGGUGCCGUUUGGUGCAGGUGAGGUUAUUACUGGCGUGGAUGGCCCUGGGCUUUCAGACGCAGCGGGAGCAGCAGGAGCAGGUGGUGGUGGUGAUGGUGGUACUGGUGGGGCCUCUGGUGCUGCGCCUGUUGCUGUGGCGCCUCCUGUGUUUUGGCAGCGGAUGGACCAGCUACAGCAGGCGCCAGGCUUGAAGCCACCGGAACCAAGGCAAGGGCCGGGAGAGCAGAUCGGAUCAGCAGCAGGAGCAGCAGGAGUAGGAGCAGGAGGAGCAGCAGCAGACGGGGUGCAGGCCCAAGUACCUGAAGGCAUCAAGUCGGCCACCACACCCCCUCCGGGGCAUGUUCCCUUCAUUCCUCUCAUUCGACCAGCGUCCGGCCAAGCCCCGCCAUUCGCCCAGAUCCCUGGCAUGGCCCCGUUCCUCCCUCAGAUCCCCAUCCGUGCUCUCCACCUCGCCCCCCCCUGGAUGUUCUCACCCCCUGGGCUUGCAGGCAUGCAAGGCCAGGGUGGUGGCGUGGCAGCAGGUGAUUGGUCGGAAGGAUUCGCAAGAGUGGGGUCUCCUAUGGCUCUGAGCGAUCCUGGAGUGUCUGGGCCAGCUGCGAAGGCUGUGGAUGGGGAGGUUAGGGAUAGAGGUAGCAGCGCUGCAGAUGACUUAGGGAAAGCAGGGGUAAGUGGGCUGGAUCACAGGGUAGGAGCAGUGGCGCCUGUGGUCCAUGUGGGAGACGGGAAGGCAGGUGCUGGUUCGAGCAGCAGCAGUGGUGGCGACGCCAGUGGAUGGAGUGGUGGUGGGGUUACCGGGCCACCGUUGACCACAGUGACCCCGUUGACCCCGUUGACUUCCACUGGAUCCCCUUUGGUGAGCUCUCAAGGGGACUCUCACAGAUUCAGCAGCUAUACUGCAGGAGCAGCUGCCGCACCCCCUGAUGCCGUGCACCGCCAGCGCAUUGCCACCGAUUCCUCAGCUGCACCCGCCCCAAAUAGGCCCUCCCCAGGUGCACCUACCCUGAAUAGGCCCUCCCCAGGCGCGCCUGGUCAGAAUAGACCCUCCCCAGGUGCUCCCGCCUCUGCCACUUCGAUGCUCCACCCAGGUGCAGCCAUCCCCUCGCCCACGUUUGGCCCCGCCAAUCCCAGCGCUGAUCCCUCAAAGCAGCAGCCGUUUGCCCCCGCUGCCUUCCCCACUGGGGUUCCAGGGGGCGCUGCUGCUAGCCCAGGGGGUGUGUUUCCCCUGCACCCCUUCUCCCGCCCGCUUGGCCCCCAGGCUGUGCUCCUGUCUCAGCUAGGGGCCCAUCCAGGCCUCUUCCCCUCCUACGUCCUGGCUAAUGCUCCCGCCACAGCGCCAGGCACAGGAGCCCCAGGCGUAUCCCCAAACCCUGGAGCCACGGGGGGCCCUGCGGCUGCUGCUGCUGCUGCUGCGGUUGCUCUAUCGGCCUCCCCUUCGCCUGGCGUGCCCGCACAGGCUGCAGGGAAGGCUGCUGCAGGAGGCAGUGAGGGAAGCAAGGCGAUGCAGGUGCUGCCCAACCCGCAGCUGCUGCAGCCAGGGAUGUUUGCUCCCGGGGGGCUCCCAGGGGGGUUACCGGGGGGGCUACCUGGGGGGUUACCAGGGGGGCUCCCAGGGGGGCCGUAUUCCUUCAUGCUUAUGUAUGCGCCCCAGCAUGGCAUGUUUCCGGGCAGCGGUGUGUCAGCAGCAGGGGCGGCGGGAGCAGGGGGUGGGGUAGGAGGGACAGGAGGAGCAGGGGUGGUGGGUGGGGUGGGAGCAGCGGUAGGAGGAGGGAUGGGAGGAGGGGUGGGAGGUGGAGAUGGAGGAGAGGGAGGAGAGGGAGGAGGGGUGGGAUUGAAGGAGGAGAUGGCGUCUGCAUUGCCUGCCACUACCACUGCUGCCUCUGGCGCCUCUGCUGCUGCUGCCGCCGCCGCCGCUACUACUGCCACAGCUGCUGUUUCUGGUGCUGGGAAUGGUGUGAAGGGCGGGGCGAUGGACAAGUCAAGGGUGCUGCAAGCUCUGGCGGAUGGCAGUGGGGCUGGGGAGUUCCGCAUGCUCAGAGUUGCCAGUGCCGGCAGCAUUGACACGUCCAAGCGAGCAGCAAGCACCAGCAGCAGCAGCAGCCUUGUCACGAGCAGCGGUAGCAGCGGCAUCACGAGUGGUGGGACAGCAGUGUUCUCUGAUGGAGGCCACCCUAGAAGUAAACUAGGAAGCUCCCAGAUCGUUUCUGCAGCCUCAGACUUGGCUGCUCUGUCUGAACCUGCUGCGAUGGUGCGGUCAGAAUCGGCCAAAGCAGUGAGGCCGACACCUGCUGGACUCUGCGCGUCUAGCCAAAGCGUUUCCGCCUCUUUUAUUCCCGCCUCGGCUGUGCAAGCAUCAACCGCACCAGCCUUGGACGUGGAUGGCGGAAGAGACCCUGUGGCGUCUGUCAAGGCUCCCUCCUUCUCUUCAUCCUCUUCAUCUAUGCGCGCACGAGCAAACCCGGUUGCCGCAAGGGACGCCUCAUCUUCCACACCUGGUGCUCCACGCGUGGUGCGUGGGAGGGGCGGCAGUGGAGGGGGGAGUGAGGGAGUGUUGGCAGAAUCGCGCAGGGGUGGCAGUGGUGGGGGGAGUGAAGGCUUGCCAGCCGAGUCACGGGCUGAUGCUGCUGGGGAAACUGCUUCCUGGAGCGGUGCGGACGGGAUGCAUAGGAGUGCAGCGGAGGGGUCCCAACGGGGCCAUGGGUUGAAUGUGAGAGGAGAGGGGCGGCAGUCAGUUGGGGGGAAGCAGCAGCGAGGGAGUGCGAGGGGGGAGGAGGUACGAGGUGCCGGAAGUGGAAGAGGGGAAGAGGGGGGUGGGAGAGGGGAGGGGGGUGAGAGAGGGGAGGGGAGCGGGAGCGGGAGAGGGGAAGGGAGUGGAAGAGGAGAGCAUUCAGCACUCAAGGGAGCAUUGGGAGUGUCCCAACCGCAGCAGGUUCCGGCUCAGGUCAAGCCCAAGCAGAGCCAGCAGAGCCUUGGGUUGAAGUCUUCAGCUCCCCUCACUAGAAAGGCUGGUGCGGUCACAGCAACUUGUGCUGCUCCUGCUGCUGCUGUUGCUACUCCUACUCUUGUUGCUGCUCCCGUUGCAGCUGCUGGAAGUGGUUCUGAGGGUGGUAAUCCUAGUGCAGCUGCCGUCAGCCAGCCCUCUCUUCCCACUGUGGUCCCUCCUGUGAUGCCAUUCGGUGCAGUCCUCAUGUCGCAGCAGAGUGCCGAGCCUGUGGAGCUGGACCGGCGAGUGCCGGAGCCAGACGACGAGCCCCUAGCGUCGGCGGACACAGUAACCGUCAGCUGGAGGUCGUCCUUGCAGCCGGGGGAAGGGAGGCAGACAACAGGGAAGCGAGGAGCGAGGGUUUCACACCAGCAGUUGCAUUUGCUUGGGUCUCAACAGCCAGAAUCACCAGCUAGUGAGGCUGGUGGCAGCGGGGCGGUAGGCAUUGCGUCUGUAAGCAGCGCGGUCCACAGGGAGGAAGGUACGCCUGACAACGGGCAGGGGUUAGGAAAUCCGCACAGCAACAGCCCGCACUCCUUGCAGCAGCAACAUCCCAGAACCCCUCGGAGCAACAGCCCAGCAGCUGCAGCAACAACAGCAGCUGCUGCAGCAUCUGUUUCAGGACCAGCAGGAGGAGGGGAGGUGGCACCUCGGGAGGGUACAGCUCGCGAGGGCCCACAGCGAGUGCGGAGCCUAGGGGGUGCGUCUCGGUCGGAAGACAGAUUCUACAGUGCGCACCGAGGGGGGCUGGGCAACCGCAAGGGCCUAGGCUUGACAGCGGGUGCUGCUGCUGGUAGUGGCGGCGUUUCUGGUGCUGCUGCUGCUGGUGGCUCUGCUGCAGCUGGUGACGGGGGGGCAGAUGGAAUGGGGGGUUGUGGAGGGUUACCAGUCACUGGUGGGUCCGCUGGCGGGUCAGGUGCCUCAGGUUCUGGGGUACGCUCGGGCGGGGAAAAAUCAAGUGGGGGAAGCUCUGGAGGGGAGAGAUUGAGUGGGGGAAGCCCUCUGACCAGUGCAGGGGGGAGUGGGGGGCCGAGUAGCACAGGGGUGGCCGGGGAAAGCAGGAGCGGUGCAGGCAAGGGUGCAGCCUCUGCACCAUCAUCAGCAGCAUCAACGGUGCUGCCAUCGCUGCCGUCGAUCUCUCCCCGGGCGGCUGGGAAGGGGAGUGGGGGGCCAGGGGUGGGCAGAAGCCUGCAGAGGGGAAGCGGGCAAAGCGGAAGUGGAAAGAGCAGAAGCGGACAGAGCGGGGGUGGACAGCGUGAGAGUGGCUCCCCGGUGCUGAAUUCCCCUAAAGCGGGCAGACGAACCAGGGGUGAGGAGGAUGCGCUAUAUGAAAUGAAGGACGAGGAUUUUCCUCCGUUACACAUUUGACUUUUGAGUCGACUCAGAAGUCACCUCGAAGGACGAGGAUUUUCCUCCGUUACACAUUUCCAAGUGACAACUUAGGAAGUCUCCCAUCUCCAGUAAAAUCACUUCCUGUGGCGCUUGGCCUCUCUUGGACGUGCGAUGGCAAGUGUAACGUUGCUUAUUUAGCCACCGAUUCCCUUCUUUGUUUCUUGUUUCUUGCUAGAUGGUUUAGUCCACGUAACGCCAACAGUAGGCACUUACCCAAUCGUGAUUUUUUCACCU